AGCUGUUCCCAGUGGCGUGUCAGCUGGAAAUUAUUGGACGAGGCAACUUUUGACUUUCAUCCGAAAGCGAUCCGAUUUUUCUUCAAAUAUUCGCUGUUUUCUGCGCGCAAAUGGCUUCUUCUGAUGUCGUUCGACAGAUGGACAAGAACGCUCGUCCGCUGGCUCUAUCAGGACACGUUGGGUUCGACAGUCUGCCAGAUCAACUGGUCAACAAGUCCACCAGUCAGGGAUUCUGCUUCAAUAUCCUGUGCAUCGGUGAAACUGGGAUCGGUAAAUCCACGCUGAUGGACACUCUCUUCAACACCAAUUUUGAGAAUUUCGAGUCGUCCCAUUUUGAGCCGAAGGUGAAGUUGCGAGCGCAGACGUACGAUCUUCAGGAGAGUAAUGUUCGUCUGAAGCUCACCGUGGUUAAUACUGUCGGCUUUGGCGAUCAGAUGAACAAGCAAGAGAGUUAUCAGCACAUAGUGGAUUACAUCGACACGCAGUUUGAGUCGUACUUACAGGAGGAGCUGAAGAUCAAGCGCUCGCUUCAUAACUAUCACGACUCCAGGAUCCACGCAUGUCUGUACUUCAUCGCUCCGUCCGGACACUCGCUCAAAUCCUUAGACCUGGUCACCAUGAAGAAGCUGGACAGCAAGGUCAACAUCAUUCCCGUCAUCGCUAAAGCCGACACCAUCUCCAAGAGCGAGCUGCACAAGUUCAAGAUCAAGAUCAUGAGCGAGCUGGUCAGCAACGGCGUGCAGAUCUACCAGUUUCCCAUCGACGACGAGACCGUGGCCAAGAUCAACACCGCCAUGAACGGUCAUCUCCCGUUCGCUGUGGUGGGCAGCACGGAGGAGGUGAACAUCGGGAACAAGAUGGUGAAGGCGAGGCAGUAUCCGUGGGGCGUCGUGCAGGUGGAGAACGAGAACCACUGCGACUUCGUGAAGCUGCGCGAGAUGCUGAUCUGCGUGAACAUGGAGGAUCUGCGCGAGCAGACGCACACGCGACACUACGAGCUUUACAGACGCUGCAAGCUGGAGGAGAUGGGCUUCAGAGACACCGACCCCGAGUGCAAACCCGUCAGUCUUCAGCAGACGUACGAGGAGAAGCGGCAGGAGUUUGUGGGCGAGCUGCAGAGACGAGAGGAGGAGAUGCGGCAGACGUUUGUCCAGAGAGUCAAAGAGAAAGAGGCCGAGCUGAAGGACGCGAGCGAGAGGUACCACACGUGCAUGAAAUUAGUUUCAUUUAUGUAGUUUUUUAAUGUUUUCAGCUUUGCUGUUUAACCAAUGGCCAGUAUUGUCUUAACCCUUGUGCGACCAUUUGCACAUUUUUGUCCUUUUCAGUGUUUUUUUUAGUUUUUUUGAUAAUUUUGCCUGUGUUAUUGCCAGCUGCAAAAAUGUUGGCACAGGUGUGUAUUUUUACUAUUUCACCCCCAUUUCCUUUAAUAAAUCUGUUUUACACUAGGUACACAAAAUAGUUCCUCUCAGGACCUUAAGGACAAAAAUGUCCCCAUUGAAACUGCUAUUUUUUAAUCACAAUGCCAUUUAACUGUAAAAUGAUGCAAUUUUUGUUAAUUAGGCUUUACAUUUAAUAAUAAUAGGUUAACAUUAGGUUGGCAAGGCUUCAAAAUAAUAUUUUUAAAUUUUUUUACCAGAUGGUGCCAUUUUUUUCGGGUUUGGCCUAUAAAGCAAAUACUCGCUGUAUUCCUGUUUUCUGCUUCUGCAUAUUAUGAAGCCAAUUGGAUGAAUAAUGCAGCUAUAAUUGUGUGGGUGUCAGAGUGUGGUUUCUAUGUGUGUCAUAAAAAAAAUUGUGUGCGUGUGUGUUCUUGUAAUAUUUGAGAGAGAAACUCUACUGUAAAUCACAAACCCAAGCACUGUGUGCACCAGCGGAGCUUUGCUGGCAUCUAAUGGGGAAAAUGUGGUACUGCGCCCAAACAAACUCUUACUGAAAGCUCAUUUUUUGAGAUAUCAACCUCAAAUUUGGAACACAGCUUGUUUAGAUUCAUGCUUUGAUUUUCUAGCAGGUUUAGAGGUUAACAUGUUUCAUAAAAUAUAUAUUUUAUAUAAAAUAUCGUUCAUAAAUCAUUUUCAUAAACUUAAACCUCUAUAACUUUUUUUUUUUGGUUUCACUUUUUAAACUUUUUUUUACUUCAACAAUAAUCUGCCAUGGGUCUUCUUUAAAAUUAGACCAAACUUAACUCUGUGCUCCCAAGCUUCAAAUUUUGAUGUCAGUUUUUUGACACGGACAUUUUUGUCCACUAUGAACCUGUGUAACACACAAGGGUUAAAUAGCCUGCACAGCACUUCAUCUUUUAUAACAUGGGAUUCUGCAAAAAUGUUGCAACAAGAUGUUCAUUUUUUUAUUUAUUUUUUUUGGUGAAAAAUCAGUUUUGGACAUAUACGGUAAUAAAAAAUAUUUUAAAAAAAUACCUUAAAGUAACUACAAAUGAGCAUGUAGAACAAAUAUCUUUAAAAGAAACUCCGUGUGGAGCAUGCCCCCGAUCUGCGCAAUGUUCUCACCUUUUCCCCCCUUACCUGUUUGCAUCUCUAAUUCUACUAACCAGCCGUGUGUGUGUGUGUGUGUGUGUGGUUUAGCUGCAGGGGAAGUUCGAGCAGCUGAAGCGACUGCAUGCGGAUGAGAAGAGCAAGCUGGAGGAGAAGCGCAGGAGUCUGGAGGAGGAGAUGAGCAUCUUCAGCAAACGCAAAGCUGCCACCGAGCUCCUGCAGGCGCAGUCCUUCAACGCCAGCACCAACAACAAGAAGGACAAAGACCGCAAGAACUGAUGUUUGUCGUUCUUCAGCUCUGGAUUCAUGUGAAGGCGAGGCAGAAACACAUCUACACGGAGUUACUGACGCACCAGCAUUACGGUACUGUAUCACGGACAGCUUUGAAGAACAGCACAUGACUUCACUUCAACUUCACUUUGGUGCCUAAAAACAAAUAAUUUCUUAUGAGCACAAUGCAGAUGUUUAUCACAGAAUAUGCUCUUUUGAGAACAUGUUAAUCUACUAUUUUUACUGGUAAGCGUUGAUUAUUCUGCUGGAGACUUGUGUUUUUAUGGUUGUGGAGGGCUAAAAACAUUAAUCGGAAAUAUACUAUAUUAGUUUACCACAAAUGUUUACCUUAUUGCAUUUAUUUUCCACAUUUUAUACUCAUGUUACAUGUAUUUAAACAGUGUUAUUUUGGGUGAUGUUUUAACCAAAUAAACUUGUAUUUUUCUGCA